AUGAUGGACAAGUUCUUGAUCGACUUGGGCUCUGAGGGUAUUAGAUCUAUGACCAACUUUACUGUCACUAAGUUCAAGUCGCUGUGGGCGAUGGUGAACGAUGCUAUGAACACUGCGAGGAUGGAAGGCUGUAGCCGGCGCUCGACGACUAGCCCCAAGGACGAGCUCUUUAUGGCCCUCCCCAAACUCGUCAUGCGUGUCCUACACGCUGGUCAACCUGUGCUCUACGACGGGUUGAUUCGAGUUCCAUCCAUGUCCGACUUGUCCAACUCCGACAGACGAUUUGACCACUUUCCGUACGCGUUGUAUGCUGUUGACGUAAAGUUUCAGCCAGCACUGCGUCCAAAGGAACGCUUUGUCGAGCAGAAACAUUACUUCAUCGGGAAGAUUCAUCUGUACGGUUACAAGAUCGAGGCAAACGUGUCAACGGAAGGCCGAUGUGUGGCAAUGUGCGAGAGCUUCCCGGGAUCCGUGCAUGACCUGACGAUAUUGCACAUACGCACUGCCCUUCACGCGACCAACCAACCUGUUGAAGACGGCGGGUGA